UUCAGGAUUACAGGUCGCGAGGGCCCCGAGCACCCACGCCAUGAAGGAAGAGGCCUUCCUCCGGCGUCGUUUCUCGCUGUGUCCUCCCACCUCCACCCCGCAGAAGACAGACCCCCGGAAACUCACAAGGCACCUGCUCUUGGGCUGUGAGAAUGAACUCGGCCCCGUCAGCCCAGGAAAGGACAUGGACUCCAAUGGUGUGUCACCAUCAGGGGAUGAAGAGCCCCUGACCCCGGGCUCUGUCACAAAGCCACCACCGGCGGAGCACAGGGUGCACACCGGGUCUCACAAGGAGUGUGUGUCCCCGACAGCCAGGGUCUCCAAGAAGGAGGUCCUCAAGGCGCAGAAAGAGAGCUACCGGCAGGAGAAGAAGAGGGCUACAAGGCAGCUGUUCAGCGCCCUGACCGACCGCAGCGUGGUCAUCAUGGCCGACAGCCUGAAGAUCCGGGGCACCCUGAAGAGCUGGACAAAGCUGUGGUGCGUGCUGAAGCCGGGGGUGCUGCUCAUCUACAAGACCCCCAAGGUGGGCCACUGGGUGGGCACCGUCCUGCUGCACUGCUGCCAGCUGCUCGAGCGCCCCUCCAAGAAAGACGGCUUCUGCUUCAAGCUCUUCCACCCGCUCGACCAGUCAGUCUGGGCCGUGAAGGGCCCCAAAGGUGAGAGUGUGGGCUCCAUCACCCAGCCCCUGCCCAGCAGCUACCUGAUCUUCAGGGCCGCCUCUGAGUCUGAUGGUCGCUGCUGGCUGGACGCCCUGGAGCUGGCCCUGCGCUGCUCCAGCCUGCCUCGACUGAGCCCCUGCGAGCAGGGCCGCGACGGGGAGCCGGGGUCGUCGCCCGAUGGGUCGCCCUCCUCCCUCUGCGGGCUGCCCGCCUCCGCCGCCCUCCCCCCAGAUCAGGACCUGUCCCCCCUGCACGGAUCUUCCCUGGAGAACCACCUGGACAACGAUGCGUUCUCAGACAAGUCUGAGCGAGAGAAUGCAGAUGACUCGGACACAGAGACGCAGGACCACAGCCAGAAGACCAACGAGAGUGGAAGCGACAAGGUGGAGAGUCCCGGGGCGCUGCCAAGGGGGACCACGUACGUGGAGCAGGCUCAGGAGGAGCUAGGAGAGCUAGGAGAGGCAUCUCAGGUGGAGACAGUGUCAGAGGAAAACAAGAACCUGAUGUGGGUGCUGCUGCGCCAGCUGCGGCCUGGCAUGGACCUGUCGCGCGUGGUGCUGCCCACGUUUGUGCUGGAGCCACGCUCCUUCCUCAACAAGCUCUCUGACUACUACUACCACGCAGACCUGCUCUCCAGGGCAGCCACGGAGGAAGACCCCUACCGCCGCAUGAAGCUCGUGCUGAGAUGGUACUUGUCUGGCUUCUAUAAGAAGCCCAAGGGGAUCAAGAAGCCCUACAACCCCAUCUUGGGGGAGACCUUCCGCUGCUGCUGGCGCCACCCAGAGACCAACAGCCACACCUUCUACAUAGCAGAGCAGGUGUCCCACCACCCGCCUGUGUCCGCCUUCCAUGUCAGCAACCGGAAGGAUGGGUUCUGCAUCAGCGGCAGCAUCACAGCCAAGUCGAGGUUCUACGGGAACUCCCUGUCAGCCCUCCUGGACGGCAAGGCCACGCUCACGUUGCUGCAGCGCGGGGAGGAGUACACCCUCACCAUGCCCUAUGCCCACUGCAGAGGGAUCCUGUAUGGAACCAUGUCUCUGGAGCUGGGGGGGAAAGUGAGCAUCACGUGUGAGAAGAACCACCUCCAAGCCGAGCUGGAGUUCAAGCUCAAGCCUUUCUUUGGAGGUAGUGCCAGCAUCAACCAGGUGUCGGGCACAGUGACGUUGGGAGAGGAGGUCCUGGCGCGGCUCACCGGACACUGGGACGGAGAUGUGUUUAUCAAGGAGGAAGGCAGCGGAAGCAGCGAGCUCUUCUGGAGCCCGAGCGAGGAGGUCCGUGGACAGAGGCUGAAGCGGCACACAGUGCUGUUGGAAGAGCAACACAAGGCCACGCGGGAGAAGUCGGCACUGGAGGAGGCGCAGCGGCAGCGCUCGCGCCAGCGCCAGCAGACCCUCACCCCCUGGAAGCCACAGCUGUUCCGCCUGGACCCGCUCACCCAGGAGUGGCACUACCGCUACGAGAACCACAGCCCUUGGGACCCCCUGAAGGACAUGGUGCAGUUUGAGAAAGACGGAGUCCUACACACCCAGAGGCGGGAGACCAUGGUCCACCAGGCCACCCUCCUGGGCAGCCCAGGACCCGGGCACGAGAGGCCCGGCCCAGACCGGAGAAUCCGCAAGGCAAGCGACCAGCCGUCUGGCCACAGCCAGGUCACCGAGAGCAGCGGUUCGACGCCAGAGUCCUGCCCGGAACUGUCAGAUGAGGAUGGGGACUUUGUUCCUGGCAGUGAGAGCCCCUGCCCUGGGUGCAGGAAGGAGGCCCAGCGGCUGUGGGCACUGCAGGAGGCCAUGCUGUCCAUCCGGGAGACCCAGCAGGAGCUGCACAGGCACCUCUCGGCCAUCCUGAGCUGCACAGUUCGGACCAGACAGGCACCAGCCCCAAGCCUCCUGCACAGCCCCCGCACCUGGUUUCUGCUCUGUGUGUUCCUGUCCUGCCAGCUCUUCAUGAACUACAUCCUUAAAUAAGAGCUCUUUGAGACUGGGGACAGGGGUAUCGUCUGCCCAUCUGCCUCCCAGGCACCCAGCACUUUAUGCCAGACCCACGGAAGCAGAGAGGACGGCACACAGGGGAUAGCAGGCAGGGCCUGGGGCCACCAGGGCUCUGUGACCCCAAUGUGCUGUGGGACCGAGUGGGGGUGGGACCCUGGCCUCUCCCAUGGGGCCCUCCGCCCAGCACCGGCCUUAAUGCUAAAGCCAAAUUCAGCUUCUGCUCUGUACCUGUCCCUGGUCCUCACGCCCACACUUGCGACAUGGCAUGGAUGGAUCUGGGGGACAGAGGGGCUGCCCAAGGCUUUGCAUGGCCACACCACAGUGGCAGUGAGCCAGGAGGGGUCCAGAAGCAGGCUGAAGCAAAGAGCCAGCAGCCACCCGGCUCCUCGGCCUGAGACCCAGCCACGCUGCUGAGGUCCUGGGCCACCGUGGGAGGACAGCGGGGCUCUCACCCGCCAUGGCGUUCUUUGGAUGGGAGCAAAGACAGGUAGGUACCAGACCAUCCCUAGCCCGGCAGCCAGAGCUCAGCGGCGGCCAGGGUGUGCCCUGGUGACAGCAAGUGGGGCAUGGAGCCCCAGAGGACAGGUGGCCGCAGCCUGCCGCAUUGUCUUCCUGUUCCCUUUUUUUACACAUAACUGCAAUAUUGGAGCCGCUGGCUGCAGUGGUCGGCGCCUGGCGGCCGUCAGUGGCACUGUGUGUGUGUGUGAGAGCGAGCGAGUGUGCGUGUCAGCAUCUACCCGGAUUCACUUUCGGAGCCUUAAACUAAUCUGUGGGUGUCAUCCCAGCCGUAGCUGACCAUUUCAUUUUCCAAGUUUGUACCCAGUUCUUGUCUUCACAUCUCCUAUUGGGAACAUGUCUAGAUUCUUUGCCUUGAAUAAAUGGAAACACAUGUUG